AGUUGCUUCGUGUCUACCGCUGUAUCGCGCGUCUUUUUCAUUAUUCUGUGAAGUUUUAUUCCAAUAUUUUUUAAUAUUCGCCCGGAAAAAUUGUUCCCUUGCUCAGUUGUGACAUAUUUUCUUUUUUCAUAAACAUAUUUUGCAGAGUUAGACAUGAAAGCUAUUCAGCGGCGAUUUCACAGAAUUGAUGGAGUGAACGUUGCAGCUCGCAGACUUCUAAGUCUUUCGGUGAGCAGAUCGAAUGGGGAAAUGAACAAAAUUUUAAUCGCGAAUCGAGGAGAAAUUGCAUGUCGCGUAAUUAGAACGGCUCGUAGGCUUGGAGUUGAAACUGUGGCUGUCUUCAGUGAUGCCGACGCCAAAGCUAUGCACGUUUCACAGGCCGAUGAAGCGUUCCACAUUGGACCGGCUGCCUCUACCCUGAGUUACUUGAACAAAACGAAAAUUAUAGAGACCGCAAAACAGGCAAACUGUCAAGGAAUCCAUCCCGGAUACGGAUUUUUGUCGGAAAAUGCGGAAUUCGCUGAGCUCUGCCAGGACGCUGGUAUAACGUUCAUUGGACCACCUCCGUCUGCUAUCAGAGACAUGGGUAUCAAAAGCACUUCAAAGGCCAUCAUGAUCAAAGCCGGAGUUCCAGUAAUCCAAGGUUAUCACGGAGAGGAUCAAUCAAUUCAUAAACUGCUCACGGAAGCUAAGUCGAUCGGAUUUCCAGUCAUGAUAAAGGCAGUGUGUGGAGGUGGUGGAAAGGGAAUGCGAAUCGCUCAGGAUGAAAAUGAAUUUGAGGCACAACUUGAAUCAGCGAAGCGGGAAUCUCUUAGUUCCUUUGGUGACGACAAUGUAUUGAUCGAGAAAUAUAUCAGUUCGCCUAGACACGUAGAGGUUCAAGUUUUCGCUGACAAAUUCGGAAAUUGCGUUUAUUUGUUCGAAAGAGACUGCAGUAUUCAGCGGAGACAUCAGAAAGUUAUUGAGGAAGCACCAGCGCCUGGUUUGUCGGAGGAGCAAAGAAGAGAUAUAGGCGAGGCGGCAGUUCGAGCAGCAUUAGCAGUAAACUACGUAGGAGCCGGCACAGUAGAAUUUAUUCUGGAUUCAGCGAGUGGAAAAUUCUACUUCAUGGAAAUGAAUACGAGAUUACAGGUUGAGCAUCCCGUCACAGAAAUGAUAACUGGAUUGGAUUUGGUAGAGUGGCAACUUCAAGUUGCCGGUAAUAAACGACUACCUUUGACACAAGAUGAAAUUAAACUGAAUGGGCACUCUUUUGAAGCCAGAAUUUAUGCUGAAGAUACAGAAAGUGGAUUCUUGCCCAGUGCUGGGCCUCUACUUCAUUUGGACACACCUGAACCCUCGGCUGAUAUUCGAAUUGAAACAGGAGUGCGGGAAGGUGAUGAGAUUUCUGUUCAUUAUGACCCCAUGAUUUCAAAAUUAGUAGUAUGGGCUCCAACUCGAGUGGCAGCUUUAAAAAGGCUCAAAUCAAGUUUAGAAAAUUAUCAUAUUCUUGGUCUUGAUGUAAACAUUAACUUUCUGCGGAGAUUAUGUGGGCAUCCUGAUUUAAUUGCUGGAGAUGUCCACACAGGAUUCAUUGAGUCACAUUCGGACUCUCUCUUAUCAGUAGAUAAGCCUACAAAAGAAGAUAUAAUUCAGGCUGCUGUUGGUAAAAUUCUGCAUGAAAAUUCUCAACUACGUGAAAAUGCUCUGCUGUUAAAUAGGUCUCUUUCAGUUUUUGAUCUGGAGCCAGGCUUCAGAGUAAACCAGCCAAGAAAGAGAACUUUUAAAAUAAGAAACAAGCACAUAGAUCAGACACUGGAAGUUACAGCUAAUCAAGGAGCGAAUUUCAAAGUUAAAUUUGAAAACGAUCUGGAAGAAAUUGAAGUGAAUGGAGCCAUAAAAUCCUCAGAUAAGGAUAAGCUGAGUUUUGAGCUCUUGUUCAAUGGUAGGAUUUAUAGGAGUAAAAUGGUGCAUAAAUCGAUGGAGAAUUUCCAUAUAUUCACGAAAAAUGGUCAUUUUACGUUCGAUCUCGAUAGUCCACUACACGAUUUUACAGAACAAGAGAGAGAUCAACCGAAAGGAGCAGUCUCUCCGAUGCCAGGGGUGGUGGAUCGAGUUUUUGUAAAGCCUGGUGAUAUUGUGAAAGCUGAUGAUCCUGUGAUGGUUAUAAUUGCAAUGAAAAUGGAGUUUGUGAUCAAAGCACCAGCGAGUGGAAAAAUCAAGGAGGUGAUGUUUUCAUCAGGCGAUAAUAUUGGUAAAAAUGUACCAGUUAUCAGAUUAGAGGAGUCAUGAGAAUAAUGAAAAUUACACAUAUUUUGACUGCCUUCUUCA